GGUCUGAUCUGGUCCGACUUCAUCGCAGUAUUCCAAUCGGAGAUUUAAUCGCGAAUUUCUUUGAAGUUUGAACUUGAACCACGACGACAGCUGAGAUAUCAGGUAUCUGCAUUUGGCACCGCUGCCACCCGGAGAUUCUAGUCCAUUAUUUGUAUACAGCUGCAUCUUUUACCUUUCUCCGUCCUUUUCACGGUUUUCUUGCGCUCAAUCGGAUUGGUCGCAAGGACAUUGAUACUUCCCUUAACCCUCGGAGGUCGACCAGACGUCUGGACGAUUCAACCGCGAACGGUCCUUUAUUGUAUGAUCCACCAUGAUGCCCGUACUGGUCCGACGGCCCAUCACGGCUGCGGCCUCUUUCACAGCACGAACAACCCUAUCCAGACCAUGUGCUAAGACUACCUACUCUGCGCAUCGGCAGAUUCAUAUAGCUAGGCAGAGCGGCGGAGCAGCCCGAACACAGCAAUGGCUUCCUUCAUCCAACCUUUCUCGACCGACCCUUCUUCAACCAACUAAACUCCAAUGGCGCGGUCCCAGCGACUUACGGGCGUUUUCUUUUGGCGGCUCGGCUCCGUCCAAAAAGCCAGGUAACGAGUUACCCAACUUUGCGGACUCCACCAACGUCCCUGCUGCGGCCGCCUACCCCCAGAACACACCACCCGGCGCUCCAACAGGUGGAAUUCCACCCCCGACACAGACAGUUCCUUCCGAACCCGCUCCGCUCACCGACAACAUUGCCGGGCAGCCACUAGAUCUUGGACUUCCCGAUUUUUCCGACUCCCUCCCACAGAUCUCCGAGCAGAUACGAAUCGGAUAUCUUGAAUCCCUUGGACUGGAGUAUUCCUUAAUUAGUCCAACGCAUUGGGCAGAGUGGAUGUUGGAGCAUGUUGCCGUAUACACCGGGCUGCCUUGGUUGGGUUCGGUCGCGGUGACCGCUUUACUGGUGCGGCUUCUCUUCCUUCGGUCUCAAAUGAAGAUGAGCGAUAUAGCGGCGACGUCCGAACGUCGAGCGCCUGAAAUGGAGGCGGCAAAGGCCAAGCUCGAACAAUUCCGUAAAACCCAGGAUCACACCCUUUUACAAGAUCCAGUCGUGCAAGAGCUUCGAGGGACGAUGCUGAAAUCGUUUGGUACAAUGAUGACCAUGAUUUUUGGCCAAAUGUACCUAGGAUUCGGAUCCUUCUAUCUGCUCAAAGCGAUGGCGACCCUUCCUGUUCCAGGUCUUGAAACAGGAGGCCUUGCCUGGUUCACUGAUCUGACUGUCCCCGAUCCUCUCUAUGUUCUACCUGCUACUUUCGGCGCAACGAUUUUCUUGACCAUGAAGUACACAAUGCGACCUGCUCGAGAGGAGAAAGCUGCGCAAAUCCAAAAGUAUUUGCCUGUGGUCCUUCCUGGGCUUAGUUUCGUCGUCAGCAUAUUCUUGCCUGCUUUGGUGCAAUGCGCCUUUCUCGUCACGUCGGUGGUUUCAGGCACCAUUUCAUACCUGAUGAACGUUCGCGCAGUACGUGCACGACUCGGACUGGGACAAUUUCCGGUUGCCGCCGCCGCUCCCGCCCCCAGAAUCCCGCAAUUGCGCAUGAAGGACUGGAACGCACCGAGCCCCGCGAAUAGAAGCAUUGGCAUGAAAUCGUAUCAGGCACCGCAGAGGCGUAACUCGAGGAAAUAGACUACAAGAUCUAUCGGCGAAGAUCAAUAGCCUUCACCUCUAUUUCACGAGCCUUAGCGGUCACUUUUGAUUUGGGUCUUGCGAAAAUCUUGGGAACGACACGGGGUCGUGUCCAAACAUGAUGCAUGUUCUGGAAUACAUUGUACAUUAGAAUCGCUCCUCCAGUACUGUGUACCGUACUCUGUACUGUAGUGUGUGCCGUAGUGUGUACCUGUACAUUAUAUAUACUUAGAAGAUCUGGCAGCAGAAAAUCUGGAACCACACAUCGUUGAUGUACUCAUACAUCAAGAUAUUUAUUCUGCAUGUAAGCUCAGGGGCAGGGGCAAGUGCACGUGAUUCGUGGCAG